AUGGCUCCUCAAGCGAGCAACACCGAGUCGGCCGACGCCAUCGCCGCGCUCCCCGCUCUCGCGCAAGACGACCGCCGGGCGGCCCUCUCUCGCUCGUCGUCGGCGUACGACAAGGACAAGCUCGAGUCGGCGUCGACAUCCAGCGCAGAACUCGACACGCUCCCGGCCGGCACCAGCGCCGACGGAUCGUACAACCCGGCCAUCGUCGGCCAUCCCUGGCGCGUCAAAGGCCCGCUCAUCUUCUGCGUCCUGUUCCUCACGCUCGGGUCCAACUUUGCGUCCUCGUCGCUGUCGCCGCUCAAGUCGACCUUGCGGAAGCAGCUCAAGAUCAACAACGCGCAGUACGCUUCGCUCGACACGGCCGACUCGCUCAUCAACACGAUCUUCCCCAUCCUGUCGGGCGCCCUCAUCGACUACUACGGCCCGAUCCGCGCUGCCUUGUGGUCCUCGUCGGUCAUUCUUCUCGGCGCCAUCCUCUCGGGCGUCGCCGCCUCGGUCGCGUCGUACCCGCUCCUUCUUUUCGGCCAGAUCGUCUUCGGGUUCGGCUCGACCACCAUCGAGACGAGCCAGAGCGUCAUGUACGCGUUCUACACGCUCGGCAGCUCGAUGCAGGGCGCCGUCUUUGGCCUCGACAUCGCCGUCGGGCGCGUCUGGAACUUGCUCGGCAAGUUGACCUCGGUCCCCAUCAUGGAGGGCACCGGCUCGUGGACCUGGACGAUCUGGGUCAGCGCCAUCAUGUGCGCCGCCUCGUUCGCCAUCACGGUCGCCAUUGCCCUCUACUCGCGCACGUUCUCGGCCUCGGCUCAAGUCCCGACCGGUCGUCAAGCCGUCGUCGCCGCCAAGGCUCGCGGCGAGAAGACGGGCGGGUACGCUCAACGCUGGCGCGAGGACCGCAAAUUCUUCUUCUCGUCCAUCCUCGCCAUCCCGGCGUGCUUCUGGAUCAUGGACAUAUCGCAGCUGUUCCAAUCUGGGGCGGUGUCGGCGUAUACGUCCAACCUGGCGGACGCGAUCAAAGUCACCCGGAACGCGACGCUGUACACGGCGGGCUGGAACGCCUCGGUCGCGCAGGUCAUCCCGAUCGUCCUCACGCCGUGCCUCGGCAUCGUCUUUGACCGGUUCGGCAGCCGCAUGCACUUUGUCACCUGGACCGCCUCGCUCUACGUCGUCGUCUUUGCGCUCCUCGCCUACACGAACGUGCACCCCCUCGUGCCGUCCAUCCUCGGCUCGCUCGCCCUCGCGACCAACGUCCUCCCCUGGAUCUCGUCGAUCCCUCUCCUCGUCCCCAAUCACGCGCACCUGGGCACGGCGUUCGGGAUCUACAAGGCUCUCAACAACUGCGGCUCGGUCGUCGUCAACGUCGCGUCGGGUGCGAUCCAGGACCAGGCCGCGCCGGGAAAGAACGAGUACAACGGCGUGUUUGCGUUCCUGAUCGUCAUCAAGGCGCUCGACGUGCUCUACGGCCUCAUGUACUGGCGCUUCGACGCAAAGUACCUCGGCGGCGUCCUCAACGCGUCGGACCGCAAGCUGCGCGAGAUGGAGGCCGAGGCGACGACCGAGGAGCGCGCCGUCGGCCUGCGCGCCCCGAUCCGCAAGGUGACGGUCGUCGCGCUCGCGACUGUCGGUGCCAUGAUCGUCGUCGCUUGGACGCUAUACUUGUACUACUCGACUUAG